GACUGCAACGGAUAUUGGGAGAACGAGUGGUUCCUUUUAGCUCUUCCCUUUGGGCCUCGGCAUGAGGGACUCUAGCUCCCGGAUCAAUGGGCUGAAACGCAGAUCUAGGACCCAGUGGAGAUUUUAACCCGUCUCGCGUCACUCGCUCAGGCGCGCCGAGGGCAGUCCUGGCGGGGUCCUCGUAGCCUGCCAAGAUGGCCGCCGCCACAGUCGGGGCUGCGCGAGGGUGGUCGGGCCUGACGCCGGGUGUACGGCGUGCUGUCUUGCGGCUUCCCGGGCUAACGCACGUGAGGUGGAGCCGCUAUGGUCCUGAAUAUAGGGAUCCCGUGAUCGACAAGGAACAUUACCGCAAGCCUGUGGCUGAGCUCACUGAGGACGAGAAGUAUGAUCAGGACCUGAAGAAGACUCAGCUUAUUAAAGCUGCUCCAGCGACGAGAACAAGCUCUGUGUUUGAAGACCCAGUGAUCAGUAAAUUCAUCAACAUGAUGAUGAAAGGAGGAAACAAAAUACUGGCCAGAUCUCUGAUGACACAGACUCUGGAAGCUGUGAAAAGGAAGCAGUUUGAGAAGUACCAUGCUGCUUCUGCAGAGGAACAGGCAACCAUCGAACGCAACCCCUACACCAUCUUCCACCAAGCUCUGAAAAACUGUGAGCCUGUGAUCGGGCUGGUACCCAUCCUCAAGGGUGGCCAUUUCUACCAGGUCCCUGUGCCCCUAGCUGACCGACGUCGCCGCUUCCUGGCCAUGAAGUGGAUGAUUACUGAGUGCCGGGAGAAGAAGCACCGGCGGACGCUAAUGCCAGAGAAGCUGUCACACGAGCUGCUGGAGGCUUUUCACAACCAGGGCCCUGUGAUCAAGAGGAAGCACGAUAUGCACAAGAUGGCCGAGGCCAACCGUGCCCUGGCCCACUACCGCUGGUGGUAGAGGGAGCGGAGAGGUUCCCGGAGCCCAGGCCCUCUUCCACAGGAAACAGUGUGAGCCGCUGCCAUGCUGAGAAAUACCUGUGGGUUACGGACGUAGUUCUUUUCUGAGGGUGGACAGGCCUCACAAGAAGGAUGCAGCAGCAUGUUUACUGCCCAUUAAUCUUUCUUCCUUUGGGGCUAGAACUUGUUCUCCCUCCCCAUCUCCUUAUAAAGAGGAAACAUAUUGACUUGGGGAUUUCCUUCAAGAAACUCAGGGCCCAGUUUUCUCUUCCCUCAGAUUGGGGUGGACCUUCGGAUGAUAAGAAAGGAAGCAGGUUUAGUAUCAGAAACGAUUUAUUAGAAAAUUCUCACACUGAACUGCUGUAGCAUGUGAUCUAGUACUAGCAUUCAUUAAAACUGGAGGAAAUACACUCCUUUCCAAAGUGGUCCUUGUAUAAAACGUAUAAAAAAGA